AUGUUCUCGAUCGAAUCAAGAGUCGGGGAAUCUACGCUUCGAAGGAAUCCACGCUUCGAAGGAAUCCACGCGUCGAAGGAACCACGCGUCGAAGGAACCUCACGUCGAAGGAACCACGCAUCGAAGGAACCACGCGUCGAAGGAACCACGCGUCGAAGGAACCUCGCGUCGAAGGAACCACGCGUCGAAGGAACCACGCGUCGAAGGAACCACGCGUCGAAGGAACCACGCGUCGAAGGAACCACGCGUCGAAGGAACCACGCGUCGAAGGAACCACGCGUCGAAGGAACCUCGCGUCGAAGGAACCACGCGUCGAAGGAACCACGCGUCGAAGGAACCACGCGUCGAAGGAACCUCGCGUCGAAGGAACCUCGCGUCGAAGGAACCUCGCGUCGAAGGAACCUCGCGUCGAAGGAACCUCGCGUCGAAGGAACCUCGCGUCGAAGGAACCACGCGUCGAAGGAACCUCGCGUCGAAGGAACCUCGCGUCGAAGGAACCACGCAUCGAAGGAACCUCGCGUCGAAGGAACCUCGCGUCGAAGGAACCUCGCGUCGAAGGAACCUCGCGUCGAAGGAACCUCGCGUCGAAGGAACCUCGCGUCGAAGGAACCUCGCUUCCUCCAAAAUUUUGAAAACACUAACGUUUUUCCACUAGUCUUUUGA